UGGUGGUAUCUAUGGUUAUUGUACACAAAGGGGAACAGCCACAUAUCAUCAUGGCUGCAAUAACUAAUCCCAUUUACACCCCCAAAACUGGGACAGAUUUUCUGUCAUCAACAAAUUUCCAAGUUGCACAAGACAUGUCUGUUACACCAGGUUCUAUGCAAAGUGUGUUCAAGAAAGACUACCCAUCUUACAAACACUAUGGUCGCGAUGCUGAAGCUGAACGCCCUGCCUUGGCAGAGGUCAUGCACAGAGAUGGAACAUAUUUCAGGGAAAAGGCAUCAGAGACAACCAAGUCAUUUUCAUAUAAAUACAUGCCAAAGAUGGUGGUUCCGGAUGUACACAGAAAACUGAGAUCAACAAAUUUCAAGAUGGAUUCAGACUUAAGCAAAGUAAAAUCAUUUCAAACAAUGCACGAUUCGUAUUUCACACCCAAAAUGGAUGGUGAUUAUGAACGUGUUCAGCCUGUGACAGCAUUAUGGGCAGUAAACAUUCCACAGGGAGAUCGAGAGAAGGCUGAUGAGCCUUGGUCUGACUAUAGGGACAGGUAUAGGGGACAUGACACAAGUGUACACAAGGUAGAAAAGGUACCCUCAAUGCAUGAAGGAGGCCCUCCAACCGUGAAAGGUGAUGCUCGCUACACCCAUUUUGAUACAACUCACAAUUCUACAUUUAUGGGAGAGUUUCAGACUCCUAUUAAGUCCCUGCCUGCGCCUACUGGUACCAAUGUGCCAAGUGGUGAUCCCGACAAGGAGACUGUAAGGGAGACAACCAUGCAGUACUCUUUUCCAAACAAAGCUGAGGCCAGUGAUUACAAACCCUACAUGAAGGAUGAAGUUAGCAAAAUGCUGGGCAAGACCAACUUUAAACAAGUAGAUGGCCACUGCAAAUAUAAUGACUAUCAGAGUACUGCCACAGUCAGUUACCUACCUGUCACAACACCCUAUCAAAGAUACAGACCAGAUAGACAUCGUAACCAUAGUGAUCUGCCAGAAGGCGACCAUGAUGAAAUGAGAGGUGGAGAGCGUGUCAACUUGACAACAAGCCGAUAUUACCAUGGAAACCCACCCAGUGGUUUACACAACACCAUCAUCUCAGGAGCUAAUCUGAGGACAAAGAGUAACGUUUGGUUUGGGGAACCUAGAAUGUCAAAUACAUUUUAUGAUACCACCACAGACGAUAACUUCCACCCCGUCACGGUGCCCUACACCUACAACCGAGCCAAGUUCUAUAAGGACAGUGACAUCCCCUUGAACUACUAUGAUAAGAGUGAAGCCAAACACACAUCCUCCUGGACAGAUUACAAGAAUCCACGUCGAGGGAAGACUGUACCCAACCCAGUGGCCAUCAACAAUCUGAGGAAGUCCCACAUUUUGCCCCCACUGAGUGGCCCUCAGAAACACAGCACCACUCACCAAGUGACCUUCACCCCUAAGGAUGCUGAGCUAUACAGUUAUGAUGCUGGCAGGCUGCAGAAGAGUUCUGUCCCCUUGGGUACAAUGAGUGCUUAACACCGUGUCUAUCUGAAGUUUAUUUAUGUUGUAUCUGGAAGUUGUUAUUUGGUGUAGAAUGUUGUCACAGUCUCUUUCUGUGCCAUCUAGUUAUCUAAGGGAAAAAAAACAAAGGUUAAAUUUUAGUUGUGGACUGAAUAUGAAUUGCUUGCAAAGAAUCAAUUUGAUUUAGAUUGAGAAUUUCCUACGAUCCACGUGAACCUUGGUCCUAAUUAUGAUUUUUUUGUCCAUUCAUCAUAAAAACCCAUUCAUCAUAAAAACUAUGUACUGGGGUUUCUGAAUUUCUGUUUGUUAAAAUAAAAAUUGUACUAGUCUAAUAGUAUUGUGCUUGAAAAUUUCAGUGCUCAGAAAACUUUCUUUUAAAAGAAAUAAUUGUAUGUAAUGUUAUAGUGCUGUCUACUGGGGUGUUCCAUUUGUUAUCAAUGACUCUUACUGGGGAGGUCAAGGUGACGUGUACAUACAGUAGUCUGAAUUCUAAUGACAGAAUCACAAUCUUAUACACUUUUAUACAUGUUGAUAGUGAUAUAUGGUAACACAUGUAAUUUUAUAUUGUAUGCCAGAUUUAAUGAAGACAAAGAAAUUAUCUAUAUAUAUGUGCAUAACUUUCCGACAGUGUGGUACAUCAGUGUUUCUAUAUAGUUUUACAAGGUAUCUGGCAUAUUUCUAAUUUUGCAAAGAUAAAUAUAAUUUUGAAAAAAACACCAGGAAUCGGUAUGCAUGUUUCUAGGUGUGUGUGUACUGUCAGGUAAUUUGGCAAAUAUACAUAAAUUUACUUAAUUUACUUUUAUGUAUGUACUUUUAUAUACAUAUAAUGUUAAAAUAAUUGAUAAUCAAAAUAUUAUACAUAUUUACCUGGUACAUGUAUUUGAGAUUUCGAUGCAAUUAAUUGCUCAACAUUAAUCUCUAGGAAUGGAGAAUGUGAUAUAUAUAUACAUUAUUGUAUAUACAAUGUAUACAAAUAGAUUAUACUUUUUUGAUGAUGAAAUUAUUUACAAGCAUUAAAUAUAUAUUUAGGUAGAACAGAGAGGUCUCUGUAUAGAAAAAAUAACCCAGCAUCACAUGCUGAUACAGAAUACUCAAUUCUUAUACUUCUAACGAAUUAAAAACCUAAACAUCUACAUCUACUACACAUAAAUUAAGUGGUCCAUACCUCGAGCUCUGUUUACUUACAGAGAUAUGAAUAAUAAAAGUCAUUGUAUGUCUUGUGAUAAAAUUCAGGAAUAAUUAAGUAUUCAGUAUUAAGUGAUACAUUUUAUAAGAUAUCUAGUCUUGUCUGUGUAUUUAUUGAUGUUAUAUAAGAGGCAUUGUCUUUCAACUUAUUUACUGUAACAUACUGCUGUUUAUACUGUAAAUAUACUGCUAUUUUACAAACUAUAUACUGUAAACAUACUGAUGUUUAUACUGAAAAUAUACUGCUAUUUUACAAACUACAUGUAUAUACUGUAAACAUACUGAUGUUUAUACUGUUAACAUACUGUUGUUUAUACUUUAAACAUACUGUUGUUUAUAGUGUAAACAUACUGAUGUUUAUAGUAUAAACAUACUGCUGUUUAUAGUAUAAACAUACUGUUAUGGUGUAAACAUACUGUUGUUUAUAGUGUAAACAUAGUACUGUUUAUAGUAUAAACAUACUGCUGUUGAUAGUGUAAACAUACUGUUGUUUAUAGUGUAAACAUAGUACUGUUUAUAGUAUAAACAUACUGCUGUUGAUAGUGUAAACAUACUGUUGUUUAUAGUGUAAACAUAGUACUGUUUAUAGUAUAAAGAUACUGCUAUUUAUAGUGUAAACAUACUGCUGUUUAUAGUAUAAACAUACUGCUGUUUAUAGUGUAAACAUACUGUUGUUUAUAAUGUAAACAUAGUACUGUUUAUAGUGUAAACAUACUGCUGUUUAUAGUGUAAACAUAUUGUUUUGUGGUUUCUUUUGCCAACUGUAUGAUAAACACACCACUUUAUAACAAAUUUUGCAAUCAAUACUGCAAAUAUACUGCUUUGUUACAAGCUAUACUUUAAACAUGCAGUAUUGCAAGCUAUACUGCUGUAUAACAGAAUAUAUGCUGUAGGUAAACUGCUGUAUCAUAAAUGAUGUUCUGUAAACUUAUACUGCUGAGAGACAAACUAUAUUCUGUGAAUCAUAAGCUGCUUCAGUAUUACUUUUAAAAUGUUGCAUAAUAUCAAGGCUGGAUAUGCAAACAUUUUUAUGUUCGUAGCAUAAUCUAUAUUGCAUGAUAAUUUAGGAUGUCAGGAGUGGAUCGAAAGUUGUAAAAUUUCUAUAAAUCUAGUAUAGUUGGUGUUGUGUUUUCAGAUUGUCUAAUUCACUGUGGUAUUAAGUGUAAACCCACGGACCAGAUUUUCAUAUUUUCACAUGAAUAUCUUUAAUAUCUAGUGCUGUUUCUGUCCAGUUGACUACUGUUUGGUGUAAACCCCUGGACAACGUUUAAUAUUUUCAUGUGAAUGUUGUUUUAUAUUUAGAGCUGUUUCUGUCUACGUCGUCAUUAUAUGGUGUAUCUGUCCACUGGAUCAUUAUAUGGUGUACACCCCGGACAAGAUUUAGAGCUGUUUCUGUCCAGGUGACCCCUGAACCAGAUUAAGGACAAUUACUGUUGUUUAAUACUUUAGAGCUCUUUGUUGUUACCUUUGUUUAGUCGCCCAUUGUGCUAGUUAUUGCUGUAAUCCCCAGAAUUUUAUUGAAUAUUUUGGGAUUUCUGUUGUUGCCUUUGUCUAGUCAACUAUUGUGAUAUCUGUGUAAACCCAGAAAUUGUAUCGAACAGUUUGUGAUGUUCACGUUGGUUUUGAAUCGACUAUUGUAAUAUUUGUGUAAACCCAGAAAUCGUAUUGAACAGUUUGUGAUGUUUGGUGAUGAUUUGGAAUCGUCAACUAUUGUGAUAUUUAUGUAAACCCAGGAAACUGAAUAUUUGUUUUUUUUCUAUAUAAUAACAAUGUAUUAUUGUUUGUUUAACUUGUUUAUGAUGAUUUGUUUAUACAUGUUGACCCACAUAGCGUUGUUAAUUUUAUCAUCAACGAAAACUUGCUAUGCCAUUUACAUAAGUACAAAUGUAUUUGUUACUCAUUUUAUGUUUAUUUUUUAUAUAAGUAUAUAUAUAUAUAUAUAUGUAAAUCUGUUUUUUUACAUCUUUAAUUCCAUUUGCAGUUUAUUUUCAUUAUUACUGUACAAAACAUUUUGCACAUUUUUGUCUUUAAAUACUUCGAAAUUUGAAAGUUCAUUGAAAAUGAAAUUCAAAAAUUAAUUUUAAAAAGUACAGAAGUUUAAGUGAUUUAACAUAGUACACUACUUACUUUCCUUAUACCGGGUAAGUAAUAUAAAUAUAUUUAUAUAUAAAUAUAAGUGAUACGAAAUCAACUUUUGAUGCGCAGUAUUAAUAAUGUAAGAUGUUUCUAUAUUUAGAAUAAGCUGUUGAUUUUAUCAGACCGAAGCCAUGUUAUAUUUGUUGUUAUCGCUGUUUGUUGUUACUACAGUUUGUUGUAGAGUUGUUUAUGGUUUGAAUUAUAAAGUUUGCUCAACUAUACAGACUGAUACAUUGGUGAAUAGGUAUAUACAUGUACACUGUGUGACUUUGAUGAUAUAAUCUCUACGAUUUAACGUUGACAGGUUUGUUUUGCUGUGAUCAUUAUGUAUUUUAUAAAUCCAUUUUAUUUUUAAUGUGCAGUAUUAUUAAGGAGUGGUUUUAUCAACUAUUAGUAACAUUCCUAUUUAACAGUAUUAUCAAACAUAUAUUUAAAGAAAAACUGUGCUACAAUAUUUGCAUUAAAUAAUCAAGUUUACAAACAUUUAAUUUUUUAAGUAAAAACAAUUCAAUUUUUAGAUAUGCAAAACCAUGAAUCAUAAUACCGUAUUCGGCCUUAUAAGUGCACCUCCACUUUUUUCAGGAAAACAGGAUAGGGUGUGAAACGGAUUGAAACAUAUAAAAAGUUCCUUAUCUCGAUGAUCUGUUGAUAUAAUCUUCAGUUUUUAACAACAGACCCUGGAUUGUUUACGCUACAUAUAAAGAUAAUAAUAUGUAAAUUAAAAAAUGUUAUUUUUUAUACCCAGAUUUCUCAUGGAAACUUUCCGUGUACAUGGUUUUUAGCACACCCCUUUUGUGUUUUUAAGUGCAGUGUGCUUAUUAGGUUGAAUAUGGUAAUACAGAAGCUGAUUUGGUUAGAAUUUUAGUCUUUUUAGGAAGGAACUAUACAUCCUUGUGAGAAUCGGGGUGUGUAAACUAAACACUCCUGUGCUAUCGAGACAUCUAGAAUACAUUAUGUUUACUGUAUUGUGAUAUAUUGGUGUGGAUUCACAGUUGUACUAGAAGGAUACAUCUGGGACUAGAUUAAGGUCUGUUAGGUCCCACUACCCUAUGACAGGGACUCAAGUCCCACAACUAUCAUAUGUUACGGUUGCUGUGCAUUUGUUCCCCAGUGUGUUCAUAUUCUAUGUUAUAAAUACCUUUAUGUGUUGUUUUCAAGAAUAAAUUCUAUCAAUCAAAGUUUCAAAAA